CUUCUCUUUAGGAGGAUUAGUCUUUUACGCUUUUUUCUUGGUUGGGAUUUUAUGUAUGUUUUUCCUGUUUGGGAUUUUAUGUAUGUUUUUCCUUUCUUUUUGGGUUUUACUUUCUAUUUCAUAAAGAAUUUAUAUAUACAUACAUAUAUAUAUAUAUAUAUACACAAACACACACGCGCACAUAUAAUUUUGCGUGGUUUGUGUGGCUCGCUUAUAAACUUCAUUCUUCCCUUAUUCUCUACCUACUCUAGCUUCUCUUUUCCCUUCACGUUGAUUUGAAAAACACCCAAAAAGCCAUGAAAAAAGCCUUGCUUUUGGCUUAAGAAAAUACACCAAAAAGAGCCCCCCCCCCCCCCCCCAAAAAAAAAAAAAAAAAAAAAAAAACCCCCCAUCAAGCUCCAAAAAAAAAAAAAAAAAAAAAAUGGUGCCUGCAACAAUGGCCGAGAUGUGGACGACUAUGGGUUCCACCAUAGCCAGUUUCAUGUUCAUUUGGGCUAUAGUCCGCCAGUAUUGUCCUUAUGAGAUCCGCCGCUUCUUUGAGAAAUACACUCACAGGUUCAUGGGCUAUUUCUAUCCUUACAUUCGAAUUUCCAUCCAUGAAUUCUCAGGUGACAGGCUCAAGCGCAGUGAAGCUUAUGCUGCUGUUGAAGCCUAUCUCAGUUCCAACACAUCCAAGAGCGCAAAGAGACUGAAAGCAGAGAUGGGUAAAGACAGCAGGAACUUGGUUUUGAGUAUGGAAGAGUACGAGAGAGUGACUGAUGAAUUUCAAGGUGCAAAAGUGUGGUGGGUUUUGAACAAAGCUUUGUCUCCUUCAAGAUCAAUGUCAAUGACUUACUAUCCAGAGCAGGAGAAGAAGUUUUACAAGCUCACAUUCCACAGAAAGUACAGAGAAAUGAUCACAGCUACGUAUCUGGAGCAUGUUCUGAGGGAAGGGAGGGAGAUUAGGCUGAGAAACAGGCAGAGGAAGCUUUAUACAAACAGUCCAGGUUAUAAAUGGCCAAGUUACAAGCAGACCAUGUGGAGUCACAUUGUGUUUGAACACCCUGCAACUUUUGAAACAAUGGCAUUGGAACCAGAGAAGAAGCAGGAGAUCAUUGAAGAUUUGUUGACAUUUAGCAAGAGCAAAGAUUUCUAUGCAAGGAUUGGGAAAGCUUGGAAAAGAGGGUAUCUACUUUAUGGGCCACCAGGCACAGGGAAAUCAACCAUGAUUGCUGCAAUGGCUAAUCUGCUGAGCUAUGAUGUUUAUGAUCUUGAACUCACUGCCGUGAAGGACAACACAGAGCUCAGAAAGCUUUUGAUUGAGACGACCUGUAAGUCUAUAAUUGUGAUAGAGGAUAUUGAUUGCUCACUUGAUCUUACAGGUCAGAGGAACAAGAAAUCAGAGAAAUCUGGUGCUGAAGUUGAGAACAAGUCCAACAAAGAAAGGAAAGAACCAAAAGAAGAAGGGAAUAGCAGCAGCAGAGUGACACUUUCAGGGCUGUUGAAUUUCAUUGAUGGGCUUUGGUCUUCUUGUGGGGGUGAGAGGCUGAUUGUUUUUACCACCAAUUAUGUGGAGAAAUUGGACCCAGCACUGAUAAGAAGGGGUAGGAUGGACAAGCAUAUUGAGCUGUCUUAUUGCAGUUUCAAAGGGUUCAAAGUUCUUGCUAAGAACUACUUGAACCUUGAGAAUCAUCAAAUGUUUGAUACAGUUGAAAAGUUGAUUGGGGAGAUUAAGGUCACUCCUGCUGAUGUUGCAGAGAAUCUCAUGCCCAAAUCCCCACUGGAUGAUCCUGAGAAGUGUCUAGCAAACUUGAUUCAAGCUCUUGAAGAAGCCAAGGAAGAACAGGAAGAAGCAGAAGCUGCUAAGGAGAUGGAUGAAGAAUCAUCCAAAGAGAAUGAGCCAACCAAAGAAGAUGCUACAGAGCCACCACAGGUUAACAAGGAGAUUGAAAAACCAGAUACAUGAGUUAAAGAGUUUUAUCCUAUAGUUCUAUUCUACUUGAGAAUUUUCCUAAUUAUUAAGAGGAAGUUCCUGCUUGAUGUGGUUAAUUAUAUCGCAGAGGGAGUAUGUCUUUUUUAUUUUUUUCUUUUUUAAUAAUAUAUGUAAAAACUCCAUAUUAGAGAGCUAUUUGAGCUUAAUGUUAUCAAAUUAUAGUUACUGCCUAAA